AUGAGGGUGGAGGAAUUGCAGAAUUCCUUAGAAGCGUUUGAGCAGAGAUUAGUUGAAAGAAGGAAUGCUGAAAAAGCUUCUCAAGGCGUGAGUCAAGCUUUACAAGCAAGAAAUGAUUACAAACCCAGAGGUCGUGGCAGAGGAAGAGGACGUGCUCGGGGAGGUCGAGCUGGUGGCAGAAAUUCGAGUGGUGCCGACCAAAAUGAUGAAGAUGAAAACAGUGAAAACAAGAAUGGCGGCAAGAGAGGCGGAAAGUAUUCAAGAGGAAGAGGAAGAAGCAAGGUUGACAAAAGAAACAUUCAAUGUUUCACAUGCAGUAAGUUCGGACACUAUGCAUCCGAAUGCUGGCACAACGAAGAAGCGAUGAAAAACAAAGGAAAAGAGGAAGCUAAUCUUGCGCAAGAAGCUGACAAUUCCGAUUCAGAUCACGUGCUAUUGAUGAGUGCUAUCGAUUCAGAUAAAGAAACGCAGCAGUGGAGUCUAGCACAGGAAAAUUGUUUGAACGUGUGCAAGGUGGUAGCAUGCAAUGGAGGCAAGUGUCAAGAAAAGAAGGCAAACAGAACACCCAACGAAGAGAGGUGUCAGGAAGAGGAUGUACACGUGUCGAUGGCACAUGAAACGCGUCAUGCAGAAGAUGAGACUUGUUGGUAUUUAGAUACUGCAUGUUCAAAUCACAUGACGGGGAGGAAAGAAUGGUUGUUAGAUCUUGAUCCAAAAAUCAGAAGUAAUGUGCGAUUUGCUGAUGAUAGCGUUAUCAUGGCUGAAGGGGCUGACAAGAUCUUGAUCAAACGCAAGGAUGGGAGAUCUGCAUAUAUGAACAAUGUGUUAUACGUCCCAAAUAUGAAGAGUAAUUUGUUGAGCUUGGGACAACUUCUUGAAAAAGGAUAUACGAUGAAGAUGCAUCAAAAGCACAUGGAGGUGUUUGACGAAAGGCAACAACUCAUUCUCAAAGCCCCGCUUGCCAAGAACAGAACGUUUAAGGUAAAACUAGAUGUUGUUGUUGUACAAUGUUUGGCUGCAAUUGAUACGAAAGAGGAAGCUUGGUUGUGGCACUGCCGUUUCGGUCAUCUGAACUUUCGAAGUCAGAGCUUGCUAAAAUCCAAGAAUUUAUGA